AUGUUUUCUCGGAACAAAUCCCCUUCGAGGGGAGCGCAGUCGUUCUACCAACAGCUACGUUCUGGAGAAGACCCCGAGUAUGACCCCGGUCUUGAUGAGGAGAAUCUUGGUCACCGGUUCGAGGACUUUCACGCCGAAGGACUUGAUAUCGGCGAUAGUCGCAUGACUGUGGAAAGCGCAGUACCGGGUCCAAAAGGCAAAGGGAAGGCGAACCCUCAACCAACAGCGCAUGUUCGAAGCCCUGGGCGAUCACCGCCACGAUGGCAUCAACAAGACGACGAGGGAGAUAAUGAAGUACCUGCCUCGCUAUUGAUGGAACCAAAAGAUAUGACGAACCCACAUACAACAUCGCCUCCCAGGCGAGCAGCUCGUUCCGGAAACCCACGUACGCCUGCAAGUGCAGGGCCAUCGUCGGCACGGACAAGGGCUCAGUGGGAGGCGGCAACCGCACAACAACUACUUCACCAGGAAGACCCAUACAGUACGUCUGCAGGACCACAGCCAAGGCCGAUUGCCGGGGGCGGCAUGAUGAACAAUCCGAGAGAAAAAGCAUUGUGGAGGUGGGUCAACACAUCGAAUCUGGACAGCUUCAUGCGCGAUGUUUACGACUAUUACGAGGGUGGAGGACUCUGGUGUAUCCUUUCCACCAACGCCUUGUGGCUUAUGGAAACUCUUUUCGUUGCGGUACUACUCACCUUUCUCAGUCAGUGCAUCGAUUACUCAGAAAUCCCCAAAAGUCACUCCUUGCAUGAGGUUAUCGUCCCGCAAUGCACUCGCAAAAUGUCCGGACUGUGGAACUUUAUGAUUUGGCUCUACACCUUCUUUUUCAUAUGGAAGUGUGUUCAAUACUUCGUGGAGCUACGUCGUCUCACGUACAUCAGAGACUUUUAUAUCUACCUCCUUGAGAUCCCGGAACAAGACAUGCAGACUAUCUCGUGGCAGGACGUGGUAGGCCGCAUUAUGGCGCUUCGCGAAGAGAACCCAAAAACUGCAACUAAUAUUUCACCGAGACUGCGCCAGUUCAUGGGAAGCCAGUCUAAGGAACGGCUCGAUGCACUCGACAUUGCCAAUCGUCUGAUGCGCAAGGAAAACUAUCUUAUAGCGAUGAUCAACAAGGAUAUCUUGGACCUGUCCCUGCCGGUCCCCUUCCUGCGGGGUCGCCAGUUGUUCUCCAAGACGAUGGAAUGGUAUCUCCAAUACUGUAUCCUCGAUAUGGCUUUUAACGAGCUUGGACAGGUUCAGCAAGACUUUCUUCGUCCGGAUCGCAGACGUCUACUGAGCCAGAAGUUAAGACAGCGCUUCUUAUUUGCUGGGUUCCUUAACCUCUUGUUUGCGCCAGUCGUGCUCGCAUAUGUAGUCCUUGUCUAUUUCUUCACGUAUUACUACGAAUACCAGAAGGAUCCUAAACAGGCUGCAGCGCGAAAGUACACAUCUCUGGCGGAAUGGAAAUUUCGACAAUUUAACGAAUUACCACAUAUAUUCUAUGAGCGGUUGCAUAUGUCAUACCCAUUUGCAACUCGAUACAUUGAUCAAUUCCCCAAGAGGAUAACUGAAGAAGUCGCCAAAAGCAUUGCAUUCAUGUCAGGCGCAAUCACAGCCAUCCUGGGAGUUGGAUCCAUUCUCGAUUCCGAGCUGUUUCUUAGUUUUGAGAUCACCAAAGACAGGCCUGUGAUGUUCUAUCUGGGUAUCUUUGCUGCCAUCUGGGCAGCAACUCGUGGUAUGGUGUCUGAAGAGACCUUGGUUUUCAAUCCGGAAUACGCACUCCGGAAUGUCAUUGAAUACACGCGAUAUGUGCCGGAUCACUGGCGCAACAAGCUUCACAGCACCGAGGUCAAACAAGAAUUCUCAGAGCUCUACAAGAUGAAAGUGGUGAUAUUUCUGGAGGAAAUGAUGGGAAUCGUCACAACGCCCAUGCUACUGCUAUUCUCACUCCCGAAGUGCAGUGAUCAGAUCGUCGACUUUUUCCGAGAAUUCACAAUCCAUGUUGAUGGACUCGGUUAUGUCUGCUCGUUCGCUGUAUUUGAUUUUCAGAAAGGUCCCGGCAAUACUGGGCCUCAGAGGCCUCGGCCAGAUGUCCGUGAGGACUACUACUCUACAAAACAUGGCAAGAUGGCAGCAUCCUACUACGGAUUCCUCGAUAACUACGCAGCGAACCCGAAGACUGGCAUUCCUGGCCAUCUUCCCCCCGGACCGAAACCAGCAUUCCACCCUCCCCCAUCAUUCCCAGGAAUCGGAUCUCCUACACUGGCAGCAGACAUGCAGGGUUCGCAUAUUGGUCGACCAGAGACAGGGCGCAACAGAAGUCGAGCUCCUGGUGGACGAGGCGCACGCAUGGGAGCGAUGCCCCAGCCUUCUCCAAUGGCGUCGAUGCUACUGGAUCAGCAUCACCAGCCUCCUGGGGGUAAUGCGGUUGCACGGAGUCUGUAUGCAUCAAGGUACCCGCGAGGAUAUCGAGGGGAGAGCCAAAUCAUCGAAGAGAGUGAAGUCAGUGCCUCUAGGCGAAAUGGAGAAGACGAUGAGUUAUAUGAACCAGGAGGUGCGCUGGGUGAAUCGAUAUGGGAAACUUCGCCAGCAAGAGGAGUGACUCGAGAGAAUAGCGCGGCCAACACUGAAGACCCCGAAGCAGGGGUGCUUGGUCUCAUUUAUCAACUUCAACAGACUCAAAGGCCUCGGCGAGGUGGUGGAAUGGUGUGA